AUGUUCGUUUACACCGUUCGUUUAUCUCAUAGAUUGAGACAAAUGGGCAAUAAUGAGCACAUCUUUACAGAAAUAACUGAUUGGGUGAAGACAGGGCCUUUAACAGGAAGACGUGACGAAUCAAUCGAUGAUAUGUUGACCGUUGAACGAGCUAUGAGAUUACGAAUGCAGACGCUACGUGAACGCCAAAAAAGGAAAACCCCACGUUUGGAAUUCGACAUUUGUGCAGAAAAGGACCCCAUAGAUUCUUGUAUAAAAAGUCAACUUCGUUGUGCAAUCACUAAUCAACCUGUAAGACUAAUCAGUACGAGUAAUUUUUAUGCAUUUACUCUAGAUCACAUCCUGCCUGUCAAAGAUGACCAUGAAUAUACUUGGACUAUCGAAAAUCUUCAAAUCAUGAGUAAAUUGUUCAAUCAAAUUGAGGGUUCUUAUAGUCAUUGUGGUAUUUGA